CAUCAUCAUCCUCUUAUUCUUCUUUUUCAUCCUCAUCCUCGUCUUCUUCUUCUUCGCCAUCAUCCUCUUCUUUUUCAUCAUCAUCAUCCUCUUCUUCUUCUUCCUCUUCUUCUUCAUCCUCAUCCUCAUCCUCAUCUUCUUCUUCAUCCUCAUCUUCUUCUUCUUCUCUUCCUCUUCUUCUUUUUCUUCUUUUUUUGUCUUCCUCUUGCAGGUCACGGCUCAUGCGCAGAUUUUUUUAUCGUGCUGCCUAUCAGUGACCAUCAGUGCCACCUACUGAUUUCCAUCGGUGCUGCCUAUCAGUGCCGCCUCGUCAGUGCCCAUCAGUGCAGCCUAUUAGUGCAAAUCAGUGAAGGAGAAAAAAAUUACCUGUUAACAGAAACUAAUGCAGGCCAUAGACGGGUCGAAAAUCGGCCGAUUUUUCGGCCGAAAAUAAAAUCGGCCGAUUUUCGG